ACAGACAGACAGACAGACAGACAGACAGACAGACAGACGUCCGGUACUUAUAUAUAUAGAUAGAUUAGAAUGACAUGAUUGCUUCUUAAUAUCCGUCACUAUAUUAUAAGCGAAAGGACUGCGCAUUAUCCUGAGACGAAGUUUUGAAAUUAGUAUCUGUACGUGUGAAACUUUCGUCCUUCGUUUGUAAUUAAUCAUUCAUCAUGGUUUCUUGCUUUUUAAAAGAAUUAUCUUGUAUUUUACAUACGCUAAAGAUGUUGCUUUCAAAGAAGCCAAAAUCUCUUUUUGUCGCUUUGUCACCAUUCACAGCCGACCGAGAACUUUAUCUGGUCGAGGUACUUUACCUUUUUCAGUCAUCGACGUCAUCGAUUUUCCCAACACACGUUCGCAUGCCCAUUCAAAAAUCAGGUUCAUUCUUUGCUCCUCAUACAAAACCGUUGCAGAAUACAAUUAUUACUCUCGUUUCUGUUUCAAUUGGCUGUUAUGUUAUAUUGGCUGUUAGACAUUUAGGAGCCAGAAGCCAAACUGGAUCAAUAGUUUAACGAUGUGUCCACCAAAUAUUGUACUUUGGUGUUUCGUACUUCUACUUGUCGCUUCGUUCUCGAAGUCUCAGAUAAAUUCUACGAAUGGCGAUGAGCGGAGUGACAACUCGAUGGUGCGAUACCAUCCUCUCAUAAAUUCUGUGAAAUACUUCAAAUACCGAAAUGACGAGAUGGAGUCAACACAGUGCAAUUCAUGUAAAAAUUCUAUCAAGAAUGGCGACGAGAUGCAAUAUGAGUCCCGUGUUAAUUCUACAAAGAACGCGGAUCGUAAGAAUGAUGAUUCGAUGUGGUACGAGUCUCGAGAACAUAUCAUAAAAAAUCGCGAACAGAGUAAUCAGAUGUCUAUGGAGUCCUACGCGAAUUCUACAGAGAUCAACGUUACAGACUCCACGUUACAAAAAGAAGAAAAUCUCACGAAGGUUGAAAGCGAGAGCGAUUCCACGCCGAACGAACUCUAUGGAAAUUCUACUACAGACGACUAUGAUAAUACUACGGCCGUCAUUGUUCCAUACAAAGCGUGUGACAACGUUACUUGUAUUCAGCUCUGUUGUCCUUUUGGUGAUAACCUAACGUCGCGGGGGAAAUGCGUCGCUGACGGGCCGGGUAAUUAUUCCUUCCCAAGGGUAUUUGCAUACAAUUUCAAGGGUAAAAGGCUGAACGAACUAUUUCGACUGACUGUCCACGAUCCGUGCGUUCUACAAGGAUUAGAACGCGGUCAGCUUAAUUAUCAUGGAUAUGUGUUCCUCAACAAUGGCUCUUUAUACCUGGGCCCUGACACUCCACUCAUUUUACCGACAUCUUACUGCGUUGCCAUCUUGCAGCGGAACAUUUACGACACGAUCGUAUGCACUAAUCAGAUUAAAGUUCCGAUAUAUAUAUCUGCGUGCCUUCUAAUAUCUUUGCCGUUUCUACUGUUGACAUUCAUUGUAUAUUCCAUAUUGCCAGAGCUUCAGAAUAUGCAUGGUUACACAUUGCGCGCACAUGUUGCCUCAUUGUUCGUUACGUACGCGAUUAUGUAUUUUGGCCAACAAAAUUUUGAACUAUCUGAAUGGAGAUAUUGCGUUCCACUGGCCUAUAUUUUCAAUUUCUCGUUUUUGUCGACCUUCUUUUGGUUAAACGUAACGUGCUUCGAUAUUUGGUGGACAUUCAGAGGACUCCGUUCGCAUCAAACUAACAUGAAGCAAGACAAAAAGAGGUUCGUAAUGUAUUCGCUCUACGCGUGGGGAAUAACCUUUAUCCUAAACGUUAUAUGUGCCAUCAUGGAUUAUGCUCCCGGAAUACCAGAAAGCUAUAUCCGACCGGAAAUGUGCAAGAUACAAUUUUGGUUCAGUGAUAAAGAUGCAAAAACGUUAUAUUUUUACAUACCCAUGGGUGCUACUAUCAUCAGUAACAUUUGUUUCUUCAUUGCUACAACGCUAACGAUUCUGUACCAGAAUAUACGUACAGCCCAUCAACUGAGAGAUGCGGAAAGCAGACGUCACAAUGAAAAUAAGCAGAGGUUUAAUAUGUAUCUGAAACUAUUUAUAGUGAUGGGAAUAACCUGGGUUAUGGAGUUAAUAGCGUGGUCGAUCAAUGUCGAUUUUGUGCCUGCGAUCGUCUGGUCCCCUAUCAACAUAAUAAAUGGCUUGCAAGGUGUCAUUAUUUUCAUCAUAUUCGUGUUUAGAAAGAAAGUCAAGCAGCUGCUACUGAAACGAUUCGGUGGACGGAAUUGCGGCCCGUUUUGUAAGAUUCCAAUGAGCAGCGAUAGUACGAUGAAUACCGUUUCCACAUCGGGAUCAGGAACGCAUCCCAUGCGAGAGAUCAGUUCCUCUAAUUAGUAGCUAUUAUAAUAAUUUCCAAUUAAUUCUAUUCAUAACGCUGCAAUAUAAAGAAAAAAUUUUAUAAUAUUACGGAUGAGUUAAUUAGUAUAGUUAAUCUCAGCGCCAUAAUUUAAUUCUCCAAUCGAAGAUUGAUCUUAUAUUAUAUUGUAAUUCUUAUAUUAUAUUAUAUCGCUUUCUUUGAAAACAAU